UGUCCUGCAAAGAGGAAAUUCAGGGUUAGGGUUGGAUGGGGGUUUUCACCGCAGUGUCUGUUACAUUGUUGUCUAUCAUAAAUGCUUGUUUAGUUAUUAACAAAUAUUUCUGAGUGUACAGACAUUUAGUAAUUAAAGUUAAGGCAUUAUUUUAUAACUAAUGCUAUCCGUCUCAAGCAUCUGUAGAUCUGCAUGAGUCGUUCUGUAAAGAUUUGGCAAAAGGUUGGAAUCCAAUAUUUUUUCUUUUUUCUCUUCUGUUUCCCCAAGUCCACAUACAACUUUAAUUGGAUAACCCUAAGAAUGUGUUAUCCAAAUCAAAUUACUCCAUGUUGUUCAUACAUUGCAUAUAAAAGUUAAAGGAAGCAGAUCUCUGAUAAAAUCAGUCCUGCCAGAUGGCUGACACAUGUUUAGAUAUCCUGAAUAAUUCAUAACAUUCAUUAUUGUAUUUACUGACCUAAAUUUAUUUAAAUUACUUUUUUUUUAUUGCAGUACAAUUUAUAUUUCUUGGUACUAUGUUUCAUUAAUAAAUUUCCUUAUUCACCUUUUAUAAUUUAUGAUAAUAUGUAGCUACACUUGUGUAACCUGAAUCUGUUUGACCUCAGACUGCAAAGGAAAUUAGAUCAAACUGUCCUCAGAAACAGACAACCCAGAUCUGCAUGGAUGAAACUACACAUAAAUGUUCAACUUUGAAAUUAUGUUUGUAGCUUUCUUAUUUACCAAACUGGUUGAACGAAUUCUGUAUGAGUUGCAAGACUGAGAAUAUAAAAAAAAGAUUUGUUUUUACUUUAAAUUUAUCAGUACUAACAGCUUCCACAGAGGGCCUAAGAUAUAAAGCUAUAUCUAAUAAAUAUUAAUAGAGUCAGAUCAAUAAAAAGUUGACAAGGAGUUGAGUAAAGCAGGAGUCAAGUCAUCAAAAACCACCAAACACAGACAUGCCAAGGCGCUUAAUGAAGAAACUGACUUCAUUUUCCAGCAGGUCAGGUAAAUGGUUUACUGACUAUAGUUUCAGUAAACUAUAGUUGGCCAGUCAACUAAAGUUUUGUUGACUGGCCAACAAAACUUUCAUGACCAAAUACCUCAGAAAAUCUUUGGCAAAAGCAGAGACACCAAGAUCCAAAGAUUCAGAAGAGAUGAAGGUCGCUAUUAAAGCAAUCUGCAGCUGAUCAUGCCUUAUACUAAUCAUAAAGUAAAUAUUUCUGCAACAAAACUGCUCUUUUGCUGGUCUUAUGUAAUGGUCCUAUUCACAUUUUUUUUAAUAAUCUGGGUUAUUGGCUUCCAAGCUCUGUAAAUCAGUAUAACUCUGAACAAUGCGUAUACUACACCAUCUUCACUGUUUAAACCUAAUUACCAAACUCAAUUAAUUUGCUCGAGUUGUUGAAAAGCAGACUACAUCACUGCAUGUCAUCGCGUCAACCUCGGUGUCACACAGCGCCCCCUGCCGUAACUCUUUGGUAUAACCUUGGCUGAGGACGCCUCAGUUCGCUGAUUAGCAGCUGCAGAGGCGGCGUGCCCGUAUGGUGGCUCGACGCCGUCCACACGGCUCGGUGGUUCCCGUAAUGGACGCGAGGACCCGGGGCGAAGCAGCGCGCCGCAUCCCCCCGGAUGGCGGAGUGGAGUGAGUGAGGAUGCGCUUCCCCAGCUCCAUCUUUGUGUCGGUGUCUCUGUUCACGGCCGAGACCACGGCAGCGCUGUACCUCAGCACCACGUACCGCUCCGCCGGAGACCAGAUCUGGCAGGGUCUCACCCUCCUCUUCACGCUCGUCCCGUCCGUCCUGGUGCAGCUGACCCUCACCUUCAUCCACCGGGACCUGAGCAGAGACAGACCCCUCGUCCUGCUGCUGCACAUCCUGCAGCUCGGUCCCAUUGUCAGGUGUCUGGAGGCGUUCUGCAUCUAUGGCAGCGUGGGCCAAGUGGAGGAGCCCUAUGUCAGCAUCACCAGGAAGAAGCAGAUGCCCCGCGAGGGUCAGUCAGAGGAAGUGGAGCGGCAGGUGGGUCAGGCCGAGGGGAAGCUGUUCACACACCGGGCCGCGUUCUCCCGCACCUCUGUGAUCCAGGCCUUCCUGGGAUCAGCUCCGCAGCUCACCCUGCAGCUCUACAUCUGCGUGCUGCAGCAGGAGGUGUCCAUCGGAAGAGGCACACUGAUGGUGAUCUCCCUUCUGUCCAUUGUGUAUGGAGCGCUGCGCUGCAACAUCCUGGCCAUUAAGCUCAAAUACGAUGACUAUGAGGUGGACAUCCGACCCAUGGCUUACCUCUGCAUCUUCCUGUGGAGAGGCUUCGAGAUCGCCACGCGUGUGGUAGUCCUAGUUCUGUUCAGCUCCGUCCUGCAGCUCUGGGUCCUGCCUGUGGUUUUCCUGAAUUUUUCGGUUUUCUUCUUCUACCCCUGGAUCCUCUUCUGGCAGAGUCACUCACCGUUCCCCGAGAACAUAGAGAAGACCCUCACCAGGGUGGGGACCACCAUUGUGCUGUGCCUGCUGACGUUUCUCUACGCAGGCAUCAACAUGUUCUGCUGGUCGGCCGUGCAGGUGAAGCUGAACGACCCGGACCUCAUCAACAAGUCCCAGAAUUGGUAUCGCAUGGCCGUGUACUACAUGGUGCGAUUUGUGGAGAACGCCUUGCUGCUCCUGCUGUGGUAUAUGCACAAAACGGACUUCUACGAGUUCAUCUUCGCGCCUCUGCUGGUGCUGCAGCUGCUGCUGGCCUACGCCAUGGCCAUCUUCUUCAUGCUGGUUUUCUACCAGUUCUGCCAUCCGUGCCGGAGGCUCUUCUCCUCCAGCAUGACGCAGGGCCUCUGGGAUUGCUCGUCCUUCCUCUGCGUCUUGUGUACCUCUGCUUCCCCUCACAACAGGCCAAUGGGGAGGGCGGUACUGGAGACAUCUGUCCACCAAGAACCAUCUAACAACCAAGUUCCCGACACAUCCAGCGACAGCGCAGACGACGUGCCAAACGACACCACAUUUGAUGUUCUCAAUGACACGAUCUAUGAUGUUCCUAAUGUGGAAAACAGCAUCAGAGGUGGAGUCAACGGGGACGUAAGCCACAGUAUGUCCUGCAACGUCUGAAGCAUCACAGUGGUCCCAAUUCAGCAGACUUUUUGUAACCUUUAAAGUGCCACAUCUGUCCCUCUGUUGGUCUUUCAGUUCUUUGAUCUCAUAUUUCAAUGUCUGCUUUUAAGAAAAGACAAAUUUAGAUUCAUUGUGGCUACAAACAAACAGAUAUGAUGAUCGCUCAUAUUUCCAGCCAGCACCUUCCUUCCUGCAGCCUUUGGGCCAUGCUGUUUAGGGAUAACCUAGAACCAACACAUUUAAUCUGAUUGUAUUAGUGUCCCGUUUUGGCAUGGAUGCAUGCAGGUGUCCAACCUCAGAUGAGGUGCAACAGCUUUUAAGAAGAAAACUCGCCAGUUUUAUGGCUGAAAGCAAUCAGCUUUUUUUUACUCUUCCAAUAAUAGCUUUGCGGUUAUCACACACUGCUUCUGUGAUGUGCUCAUGCUUGAUGAUGAGAUGUUUCACAUGCUAUUGUAAAGCACAGGCAUUUCCAAGAAGCAUUAAUAUGUAUUUUGCACGUUUACAUAAGAAAAUGUCUUUUUACACAACAGUCGAGCAGCCAUAGUGACGUGAAAUGCUUUUUGUCUCAUCACUUUGGAUAUUCAGAGUGCACAAAAUAGACUAACUGUACAAAGAAAAAUCACUAAAAAGUUGUUUUCAAUCUUAAAUGUAACUUUACAUUUGAGAGAAUCAGUGUCUUUGCACCGUAUCUGCAAAGGAAUUGCCAGAAUGCUUCUGUUCGUACAAAUACGCAGCCUUUAAUGCCAAAAAAUAAAACAUUCUGAGACACUUGAAGUGUUACAUAAGAUAAAUGCCUAGUUAAAAAUAAAUCUAGAUUUAUAUGUGAAGA